CAAUCAGUUUACUUUUAUCUUACCGAUUUAGAAUUAUCAAGAUGGCAUCUAAAAAGUGACGUUGAUAACUUAAAUGUCAAAAUAUUGAGAAAACAUUAUGUAUUUUCCAGUAGGCUGGCCAAAAUAUCUUAAAGAAACACAACAUGAUUCCCCACCACUGCAGUAUAUUAUUAGUAGCUGCGAUAGAAUGUUGUUUGCCAUUCUGUGCGAAGACACCAUCAGUAUAUGGUACUGUAAGCCACCAGUUCAGAUAGUAAAUUACACACAAUCACAGAGAGAUUUAGACAAAUUUGGGGCAUACACAUUAGCAGAAUGGAAGCCUGACUCUUCAAUGAUAGCUGUUAUGACAAGUAAACAUCAUGUGAUAUUUUUCAAAGUAGAUUUAGAUAUAUCUGUACCAAAUCAUCACUGUCUAUAUGUACAGCAGGAAGGGAAACUUUAUAAUACAAAGAAAGAUUUAAAUGGAAUACCUGAUAGUGACAGUGUUCCAGCAAUAAAAAUUGGACCAUGUUCUCAGCUUGAUUUAGAGGCCAGUAUAACAUGUUGUUUGUGUGUUCGUGAAGAUCUAGUCAUUGCUACAUCAGAUGGGCAUUUAAAUAGAAUCAAAUGGAAUGGCACUAAGAGUGAAAAGAAUUCAUUGUUCAUCAGAGAUUUUCCUGUCUCUAUGGAUUUCCAAAACACAAAAGCUGCCAAACUAACAGAAUCAGAUGGUUAUGUUGUACAUAUGGAAUAUAGCCCUAUCAUUGGAGGUUACGUUAUGGUUCUUUCCUCUGGAAGGGCCAUGUUUGUAAUACCACCCUCUACCAAAGCAGAUAAUGGGGUUGCUCAAGGUGUAUGGGUAAAGGAUCUUAAAGAUACAGUUUGUCUGGCUGUUAACCAUAGAUACAGACUUAUGGCAUUUGGUUGUAAAAGUGGUGCUGGAGUUGUCUAUGUGAUAAAUGAAGUCGAGGGUACUUUAGAAGUGUCAUACAAGUUAUCUGUGUCAAGUAAAGACUAUCCUGAUGCAGCUCAAACAGCUGGUUCUGUUCAUUGUAUGAAAUGGACACCAGAUGGCACUGCUUUAGCUUUAUGUUGGCAGAAUGGUGGUUAUUCCUUAUGGAGUGUGUUUGGUUCAUUAUUAGUGUGUUCUUUAGCUGGUGAAUAUAGUUUUCCCUAUGACAGUGUGCAUUUAUUUCCACCACCAGUCAAAGCUAUGGAGUGGGGUUUAGAGGGUUAUCAGUUGUGGAUGGUUUGUGGUGACCAGAAAGAGGCUCAUCAGACUGAUUACAAUGAUAAUACACAGUGUUCACAUGCCAUGCAGCUUCACUUUGUCAAAAGUGCUCUCACUGUCAAUCCUUGUUCAGCAAACCAUGAACAUGUGUUUUUACAAGGAGAAGAUAAGAUUUAUUUAAAUAUGGGAGAUAGUUCUCAGAAGCCUAGUCAUUUAGAAUCUCAUGUGUCAGUGGGCAACAAACUCUGGCAGAUGAUUCCUAUAUCACACAGCUAUCUUGCCUCAAAUUGGCCUAUUAGGUAUGCAGCUGUAGAUAAAACUGGUCAGUGUGUAGCUGUAGCAGGGAAGACAGGGCUGGCACAUUAUACAUGUUCUAAUAGGAAAUGGAAGUUAUUUGGUAAUGAAACACAGGAGAGAGAUUUAGUAGUAUCUGGAGGAAUGUCAUGGUGGAAAGAUUUUAUAUGUGUUGCCUGUUACAAUAUUGUGGGACAAAGAGAUGAAAUAAGGUGCUAUCCACGAGGUUGUAAAUUAGACAAUACAUUUUCCAUGUCAGUGAAAGUGCCGUCACAGAUUUUAUUACUAAAUAUAUUCAGGGAUAUACUCAUUGUUUUCUGCAUAGACUCUCAUAUAAUGUUAUUUAAUUUGGAGAGAAAGAAUACUCAGUCUAAUCCGGCAUUAGAUAUCAACAAAAGACAGGAAGUCUCAUUGAACAAUUACGUACCACAUCCUGUCUGUGUCACAGGGUUGGCACUCUCUUCCCUCAAAACAGAGUAUGGUGCUAAGAAUCAGCAUAUUGCCAAAGAAGCUGAAAGUUUAUUGUUAAAUGUUGCUGGUAAAUUGUUAAUGUUUCCACGUGAUAAUACUGGUCCUCAAAUCAAAGAAAACAACCUACCAAAAAAUAAACCAUUGCCAUUUUGCCCACCAGCAAUGGUUGCCACAAAUGUUGAAAACAUGUGGACAUCAUCGAGAGUCAAUGUAGAAAAGGCUCAGUUAAUGGAAGCUUUAUGGUUAAGUUGUGGUGCACAAGGAAUGAAGGUUUGGUUGCCUCUAUACCCAAGAGAUGAAUCAAAAAACCAUAACUUCAUGUCUAAGAGAAUUAUGCUUCCAUUUAGAGUAGAUAUACAUCCCCUAGCUGUGUUAUUUGAAGAUGCUGUGAUACUUGGUGCUGCUACAGAUGCUGUGACAUACAACUACAAGUCACCUGGAGAACCAGGACAUGCUAUGCAUAAUCUACCUUUCUCCACAAUUGAACGAACUAGUCAGAUUUAUUUACAUCACAUAUUAAGACAGUUGUUACGAAGAAAUCUUGGUGUAAAUGCAUUAGACAUAGCCAGAUGUUGUACAGAGCUUCCUUAUUUUCCUCACGUAUUAGAGCUAUUGUUACAUGAAGUGCUAGAGGCAGAGGCUACAUCCAAAGAACCAAUACCUGAUCCAUUACUGCCACGUGUAGUAGCAUUUAUACAAGAGUUCCCAGAAUAUCUACAAACAGUUGUACAUUGUGCCAGGAAGACAGAAGUGGCAUUAUGGCCUUAUCUUUUCUCCACAGUUGGUAAUCCAAAAGAUCUGUUUGAAGUAUGCUUAGUAGAUAACCAGUUAGAGACUGCAGCUUCUUAUCUUAUAAUAUUACAAAACUUAGAAAGACCAAUUAUAAGUAAACAGCAUGCCACACUAUUACUGGAUUCUUCAUUAGAAAAUGGUAAAUGGGAGCUGGCAAGAGAUAUAAUUAGAUUCCUUAAAGCUAUAGAUCCAGCUGAAGUUGAGUCCUACCAGCUAUCUAGUUCUUUAAGUCGUGUCAACAGUGGCUCAUCCUACCCCUCAAGUUAUUCUAGUCCACCAAUCACACCUCCCGAUACAGAUGGCUUUAGCUUUAGUAGUGUCAGUAAUGUCAGUAAUUUGAAUAGAGUUCGAAGUUCAAGUGUGACAGGAUCUGAAGUACAGAAUGUUCCUAAAGGCAAAGAAAAACUGAAACAUACCAAAUCAGAUAAUCCAUUGUUCAGAAGUAUACGACAGUCAUCUAAAAACAAAGAGGAACAACCAUCAGAUCAGAUGUUUAUAGAUGCUUUAUUGUGUAGACAUGCUCGAAAACUUUUAGAAGAAAAUAGAUUGAGAGAUUUAGGAUUCUUUGCUGGUAAUGUGGAGGGCUUUCAUUUUGUUACGUGGCUGAAACAGGAAAGAUUAAAAGGUGGAAAAGUUGAAGACUUUGUCACAGCUUUACGAGAUCUACAUCAUCAGUUUCAGUGGCCAUUACCUGUAUUAUCAUAUGCUCAGUUUCAACAAAUGAAGUUUAAGAAUUUUUCCACGUCUAGUUUAGGAUCUUUGUCACUAUUAGAUGAUGAUAUAUUAGACUCCACAAAGACAAUGGAAAAUGAACAAACUUCACAUCCAGGCAGGUUAAAAUCUCAAAUGAGUGAUCCUAACAUGUCACAAUCACUCACUGAUGAUAUAUUCCUCAAGCCACAGGUGUCUAGAACUGAAGAAAGUAGUUUAGCCACCAUGGAAAUAUCAGAUAACAGUUCAUUGUUAGGAGAAUUUGAUUACAUGAUAGAAAACAGCUCACAAUCAGAAUCUCUUUCUCCUGAAUUAGAACUUUUGUCACAAGAAAUAGCUAACAAAGGACCACAUCAGUCUGAGCUGGAACUCAGAUAUUUGCUACAGAUCAUGUUAGAAGCAGGUUGUUUGGAAUGGGGUUUGUUAGUAUCUAUUGUGAUAAGAGAUGCUUUAGCUGUUGUCCGGACAGUAAAUACGGCCAGUAUGACGGACACACCAUUAGAAAUAGUAGGAAGAAUGAGAGAGGGACUUUCAUAUCUAGAGUUGUGGUCAGAUACAGAAUGUGUUGGAUACAAGCCAUUUUUUCAUGCCAUUAGAGGACAAAUUCAAGUGUUAACAAAACUAGUAGAACAAACUCCACCGACAUUACAUCUUGAACCGAUUGAUCCGUCACCGAUAAGUGAGGAACAGUUGUCACCAGUACCACAGGAAAUACGGACGUUAGACAAAGAUUCACCAGAAAAGGACUUGGAGAAAACAAAGGAAGAUAAACCUAGUGAAUGUGCCGUAUCAUAGUUAUUUGUUAUUGUUUUAAAUGUAUAUUGUUUAUGUGGUUUAUGGACCAGAAUAAGUGCAUUCUUCCAUGACAAUAAGUCAAAUGUGAUAUUAAGUGAGAAAGUUCCAAGUUAAUACAUUUAUAUUGUUAUUAUGCCUUUUGUUUUUUUUCUAAAUCUACAUUUAUCUUAAAGUUGCAUACAUGGUAUUAAAUUUGUUGUUGAAAUAUUCUCAUAAUGGAAGAUAAAUGCUCAUGCAUUUAAAAACUGUGAUAAGGACAAUUCAGUGACUCUAGUAAUGUAUAUGUAUGUGAUAAGAUAAAGUGUAAUCAAAUGGAGCUGCAUGAAUAGGAUUUCAUAUUAAAAGUUAUUUUGAGAAUGUGAAAAUACCUACAAUAGACAAUAGAGAUUUGUUUAUCACAGAACUUAUCUAUUCACACAACUUGUAGUAUUGACCAUUUGCAUGACAAAUAAAUAAGAUGAAUAAUUUCUCUGGUGAAAAUUCAUCAAAUAUACCAAGCUUUAUCCAGAUUCUAGAGGUGAGCUUCAUCUGUAUAUGAGACUCAUCUGUGGUGGUCUAAACUGGGUAAUGUUACUAUAAUGGGGAAUUUGAAUUUAAGCUUUUAUGUGCAGGAUAAUUAUUUCUGUAGACAAAAGGUUGUAAAUUAAUAGUUUUUAACUGAAAAAAAAAAUAUAAGGAAAUCUUCAUCUCAAUGUGUUGAGAGAAAAUAUGAUUUAUAAGAGGAAGUUUUAGAACUCAAAAUAAAGUGUUGUGUUCAUACAAUCUUCAACCAUUUACAUGAAGAAAUGUAGUCAUUAUGUGCUUUAUUAACUUGGAACUUUCACACAUUUUUAAGGCUUUCAAUGGAUUCUGUAUAAAUAAUGAAAAUAAAUAUAUUGUAUUGGUUUUAUUGUCAUUUUAAUAUGUGUAAAAUUAUAUUUAAGAUGAAACCUUUAGAAAAGGGUAAUGGUAUUGUUAACAUGUGCCAAAUAGGAGUUUUAACACUUGAUAAAAGUCACAAUUUUAUAUAUUAUGAAUAUUUUCAGCUAUUACAUAAAUGUUUUUUUAACUAAACCAAAAGAUACUUGUACUAAAGAAUUAUAAUCAAUCAAAUUACAAAUGUACUUGAGAUAUUUUUCUUUUGUAAGAUUCCGGUUUUCAUUUUUAGAAUUUUCCCAUCUUGAUAUCAAUACUAAAUAGAAUCAAUUGAACAUGACACUAAAAUUGCUCAUUAUGAUAAUUCAGGUAAAGGAGUAAAUGGACCAGAUAUAGCCAGUCUUACAUUUAUUUAUGAGGGAUCUAUACAGUACAAAUUGUGUACAUGGAUGUUUUGUAUUCAGCUACAGUAUUAAACUUGCCCUUUGUACUAUCUACUAAUUAUGCCCCACCUAUGAAAGUAGAGGGGCAUUAUGUUUUCUGGUCUGUGCCUCCGUUCGUUCGUUCGUCUGUGAGUCCGUUCGUCCCGCUUCAGGUUAAAGUUUUUGGUCGAGGUAGUUUUUGAGGAAGUUGAAGUCCAAUCAAUUUGAAACUUAGUACACAUGUUCCCCAUGAUAUGAUCUUUCUAAUUUUAAUGCCAAAUUAUAGUUUUGACUCCAAUUACAUGGUCCACUGAACAUAGAAAAUGAUAGUGCAAAGUUCAGGUUAAAGUUUUUGGUCAAGGUAGAUUUUGAUGAAGUUAAAGUUACAUCAACUUGAAACUUAGUACACAUGUUCCCUAUGACAUGAAAUUUCUAAUUUUAAUUCCAAAUUAAAGUUCUGUCCCCAAUUUUCACAGUCCACUGAACACAGAAAAUGAUAGUGUGAGUGGGGCAUCCGUGUACUAUGGACACAUUCUUGUUUUAAGUUACAACAUUUAUUUCAUUAAUUUUUAAUUAAGAAAUAGUCCAGAAUACAUAAACAAAUAUUAAUUUGCAAGCCAAUAGUACAUUUGUGAUGUUUUUGAACUUAUUCUUACAAAAUAGAACCAAAUUGACAGCUAAAAGCACAAUAUUAUUUCUAUAGUUUGCCCUUAUAAAUGUUUUAUACAAAAAAAUCAUAUUUCAUUUUUAAGUGUAAAUCAGUUAAAUAUCAAUUAGGUCACCAUAGCCUAUAUUUUAUGCUUGAAAUUUGAGUGAAAUAUUUAUCUUAGUUGCUGUACAUGCAUUCAUUAUUAGAACCAUUAGUUUGCCAUAUAAAUUUUCUAGUUAUCUGGUGUUUUUAAGAAGGCAUUAUGUUUGUAAUAUUAUUUAUUUAUCUAUCCAUUUACUCAUUUCUUUUACCUUACUGUAGGGAAGGAAAAUCAACAAAGCAUUGUCAACUUUGUAUAUAUUUUGCCAAAAUGUAAUUUCUACACGUAUUGUGCUGUUCUCAAUAAAAUUAUAAAAUCUA